AUGUCGUCCGUGCCGCCUCAGACCAAUGGCGCGACGGCAUCUGUCACGCCCGCGCCCGCGCAGCCCUCCCAGGCAGCUGCUGCGACGACGACGACGACCGCCGCCGGUCCAUCAUCCACAUCACAGCAGCACCCCUCGUCAGCCGCCGCGGCGCCGCGGCCGCGCGACGCCCGCCUCAUUGAGCUGCUGCUGACCUCGCAGGGCGUCACGUCGUACGAGCAGCGCGUGCCCCUGCUCCUCCUCGACUUCGCCUACCGCCACACCUCGUCCAUCCUCAACGACGCGCUGCACCUCUCGGGCGACCCCUACGUGACGCAGGCCGGCGCCAAGCCCUCGGCCAGCGCGGGAGCCAGCGCCGCGGCUCCCGGUGACGCCUCAGUCUCCGCCAACGCCGUCAAGCUCUCCGUCGCCGCACGCCUCGGCUACCAGUUCCGCGGCGGCAGCAGCGGCGGCGGCAUCAGCAAGGAGUACAUGCAGGAGCUCGCCCGCGAGCGCAACAAGGUCGCCCUCCCGCGCAUCGUGCCUAAUGAGUGGGGUGUGCGCCUGCCCAGCGAGCGCUUCGUCCUCAGCGGCACCAGCUGGGGUCUGCAGGACGUCUGGGACGAGAUUGGCGAGGAGGAGGUCCCGGAGAUGGGCGGCGGCGGCGGCGACGGCGACGCCAUGGAGGGCAUACAGGGCCCCGCGCCGGAGGAUGUCGGUGGUGAUGGUGUUGAGGGGGGCACGGUGGAGGACAUGUUUGGUGACGACGUCGAUGAAGAAAUGGCUGAGUGA